AUGGCCGACUCUCUGACCGAAGAGCAGGUCUCCGAGUACAAGGAGGCCUUCUCCCUAUUUGACAAGGAUGGCGAUGGCCAGAUCACCACCAAGGAGCUGGGCACCGUCAUGCGCUCGCUCGGCCAGAAUCCGUCCGAGUCGGAGCUGCAGGAUAUGAUCAACGAGGUGGAUGCCGAUAACAACGGCACCAUCGACUUCCCCGAAUUCCUCACCAUGAUGGCUCGCAAGAUGAAGGAUACCGACUCCGAGGAGGAAAUCCGGGAGGCAUUCAAGGUUUUCGAUCGCGACAACAACGGCUUCAUCUCCGCCGCCGAGCUGCGUCACGUCAUGACCUCCAUCGGCGAGAAGCUGACGGACGACGAGGUGGACGAGAUGAUUCGCGAGGCUGACCAGGAUGGCGAUGGCCGGAUUGAUUACAACGAGUUCGUCCAGCUCAUGAUGCAAAAAUGA